UCUACAAACCAUUGAGAAUUCUGGCUCCCACAGACUUGCUGUGAGCCCACGUGGCACACAGAUUAUGAUCAGUCAAUCAGUUACAAAUACUCCUGAUGUCAAUUUGUUAUGUCUAUAAAACAAAUCUGUUUUUUCCAGUCCAACAUCUCCACCACCAUGGGCAAGACCAAAGAGAUGUCAAAGGAUGUCAGGAACAAGACUGGAGACCCUCACAAGGCUGGGAUCAAGACCAUCAGUAAAAAACACUUGAUGAGAAGGUGACCACUGUUGGUGCGAUUAUUCAGAAAUGGAAGAAAUAAAAACGGACCAUUAAUCACCUCAGUCUGGAGCUCCCUGCAAGAUCUUGUUUCACGAGUACGAGCCCAUCCUUAAGUUUGCCAAUGAACAGCUAAUUGAUUUAGAGAAGGUUUCAAGAGAGUGCUGUGGUCUGAUGAAAACUAAAUCUAGCUUUCUGACAUUGAUUCAACCCUCCAUGUUUGGAGGAAGAAAAAUGCAGAGUGACCAAAAAAAACUUCAUCCCCACAGUCCAAGCAUGGAGAUGGAAAAAUUAUGCUUUGGGGCUAUUUGUCUGCACAGGAAGACUCCACUGCACUGCACUCUCAUUGGUAGUGUCUUCGGUGGCUCCCCUGAGAUUUUAUGUCGUCCUGCCCACUUCACCAGCGGUUUUAUCAGUGGUGUCUGGUUGCCAGUUCAGCACUGGAAGCUAUUUGUGGCUCAGGGAGACAGAAAGAGAAUUGUAUUUGGCAAAUUUAAGUUACAAAGGGUGACACUUGAUAAACGUUCGCGGAAAAGACUGAAAUGACCAUAAAUGAAAGUAAAAAAUACAGCUGACUGACAUACUACCUGCUAGUAAAUACAUUAACGGGUCACCUAGGCAACCUGAGCUGUAGUCACUAGCUGGCAGCUUGAAAGCGACACAGCUUUACACCAAAACAUUUUCGGAAAUACGACGUUUCCAGCUUUCAGUUGUACUCAUCCUCAUCCUGUAUUCAUAUACAUACGAAAAUGUCUGUUCUGCAGGCACAGCAUCGACAAUGAGAACACGGUUGCCUGGGAUGGAGUCGCAUUUCCUGCUUGAACUAAGUUCCAGCUUUCCUUCCGUCUUUCCGUCUUUAGCUGUUGUUUUGGCGGAGGGAGUAAUGCGAGCCCGUGCUACCGCGUGCGCGUAACUAGGUACAUGAGCUGAGGGAGUAGAGAUGAGGAGGCAGCGGAUGCUAGGCAGAAAACCCGCUUUCGGAUUGGCUGAGAGACACUGGUACCCAGCUCAGUGAAGCUCGAGAAAUUCGCCUCAAACAACCGGAAGUUCCACCGGAAAUCGCAUUCUUACGUUGUAAUCCCGCAAACUGUAUUAAAAUAAUAUUUGGGAUAGAAUAGGUUUUCACACAAAGUAUUACGUCACAUUUCAUUAUAUCAGAUAAAUUGAGUUCCGAAAGUACUGACCAAAAACUUCGCGGUAUGCGGUUUUCUAACGGCAGGUUUUGGCCGCAUCCUGGCACGUGUGCGCGGUUGCUGCUAGCUUUACUUUGGUCCAGAGAAAGAGUGAAGGAUGUGACUGAAGCCUCUUUCGCAUGCCUCAUCGGCCCUGACUCACUACGCCGUUUGUGUACACUCCUACUGCACUUUGCCUACGAAAUGGAGCUCGAUGGAAAUUAGCAAGCGUGUACCUCUUCGAAUUCUCACCCUUACCUUUGGAGAAUGAUCCACCGGCAGGUUAUUUUAUCCCAGAUACUCUGCAGUCUGGCCAGACAGUAAUCCUUCAACUUGCUUUUCAUUUUUGGCAAGUGGACAAAGUUGCAGGGAGGCAAAUCUGGCAAGUAGUCCAGCUGGUUUUGGUCUGCUUUGGGUUGACUGGUCAUUAUGCUGAUGCAGCUCUGUAGUUUCAAGAACUUGUACCAAAAUCGGUUCCUGGGCUUGGCGGCUAUGGCAUCCCCAACUCGCAGCAGCCAGACCCGCCAGCGCUGUAAGGAUGCGGUUCGGCACAGCUAUGGCCCUGAGUCCUUUGCUGUCAAUGGCCUGAACCAGGAUGCUUUUAUGUUGGGACUGUCACGCUCCACCAGCGACACUGAUCUGGUCUCUCCAGAUGCACGUUCCACUCUUACCAUCAGCUCUUCCCACUACACCAUAGGCCAGUCCGAAGACCUGGUGAUCACAUGGGACAUCAAGGAAGAAGUGGAUGCUGGAGACUGGAUUGGGAUGUAUUUAGUUGAUGAGACGUUAUCUGAGAACUUUCUGGACUACAAGAACCGAGGCAUCAAUGGAUCUCACAAAGGACAAAUAGUCUGGAAAAUUGAUUCUAGCUCUCACUUCAGUGAUCCUGAGACCCAGGUCUGCUUCAGGUACUACCAUGGUGUCACUGGGGCACUGAGGGCAACCACACCCAGUGUAAUCAUCAAGAAGGGCUCAGCGCCUGUACUGAAGCCAGUGGUCAGUCCUGAAGUCAACCAUGGACUGGGCAACAGAAGACUUAUUAACUUUAACCUGUCAGACCUCCAGGCAGUGGGACUGAAAAAGGGGAUGUUCUUCAAUCCAGACCCAUACCUGAAGCUGUCCAUUCAGCCCGGAAAGCACAGCAUCUUCCCGUCUCUGCCACACCACGGCCAGGAGAAACGUUCCAGAGUGGUCUGCAACACUGUCAACCCUAAGUGGAGCACAGAGGCAAGCUGUCUCAAUUUCUCUCCUAUGUGUUGCUUACAUGCCGUCUUUAAACUCUUGAAGUGUUUAAAUGACAGUAUCAGUAUCCAUCCCUGUCCUUGGCCAUGCCUGCAAAAUACAAGCUUAAAGCUGGAAACCUAAAGUCAAUCACAUGUUUUGAGUAAGUUUGACUUAGUAACCAGGAGGAAAUGUAUGUGCAUUCUUUAAACAGUACACUACUUCUAUCAUCUCUG